UUGCUGUGUCUCCAGCCGCUCGCCGUAGUGAUCAGAGUGCUGCUGCCUGUUACAAUGUUGCAGCUGCGAUUCCUCCUCCAGGUUCUCUGAUCCAGAGACAGCUGCUGCAGUGAUGAUGGUGCUGCCACUGCUUGUGCUGCCGGUGCUCUGCUGCCUCUGGGUGCCAGUCACCCCUCACACCACUGAUCCCAUACAUGUGCAUGUCAUACCCCACAGUCACAUGGAUGUGGGCUGGGUGUACACAGUGCAGGAAAGCAUGCAUGCCUAUGCUGCCAACGUCUACACUACCGUUGUGGAGGAACUGAUGAGAGUGAAGCAUCGGCGGUUUAUUGUGGUGGAGCAGGAGUUUUUCCGCUUGUGGUGGGAAACUGUAGCCGGAGACCUGCAGAAAGAGCAGGUGCAUCAGCUAGUACAAGAUGGGCGUUUGGAGUUCAUUAUUGGAGGACAGGUUAUGCACGAUGAAGCGGUCACUGCAGUAGACGAUCAGAUCUUACAGCUAACAGAGGGACAUGGCUUUCUGUAUGAAACGUUUGGAGUAAGACCACGGUUUUCUUGGCACGUGGAUCCUUUUGGGGCUUCCGCCACGUCGCCGACGCUGUUUGCCAUGUCUGGAUUCGAUGCCCACCUCAUCUCCCGCAUUGAUUAUGACAGCAAAGCUAGAAUGCAGGACUCAAAGAAACUUCAGUUUGUUUGGAGAGGCUCUCGCUCCUUAGCAGGAACACAAGAGAUCUUUACGCAUGUCAUGGACCAGUUCAGUUACUGUACCCCGUCCUCCCUACCGUUUUCCAGCAGAUCAGGAUUUUACUGGAAUGGAGUUGUACUGUUCCCUGACCCACCGAAGGACGGGGUUUAUCCCAACAUGAGUCUCCCUGUUACAGGUGACAGCAUUCAGCAGUAUGCAGAAACCAUGGUGAAGAAUAUUAAGAUGAGGGCAGCGUGGUUUAGAAGUAAUGAUGUUUUGUGGCCGUGGGGGUGUGACAAGCAGUUCUUCAAUUCCUCUGUCCAGUUUCAGAACAUGGACCUGUUACUGGAAUAUAUAAAUAGUCACGCAGAGUUUGGAGUGGCUGUGCAGUACUCUACCCUCAGAGACUACUUCACAGGCGUACAUGAGAGAAACAUGACCUGGGAGGUGCGUGGUGGUCAGGAUUUCCUCCCUUACUCCUCAGAUGUGUAUCAAGCUUGGACAGGGUUCUUUGCAUCCCGCAACGUCCUGAAAGGAGCAUCCCGCAGGGCCAGCUCACUGCUGUAUGCCGGGGAGUCAGCGUACACUCAGUACCUGGUGAAGCAUCCGUCUGGAGCGGUGUGCAGGAUGUGGGCUCUGGAGCAGCUGCAGGCCCUACGAUGGGCCGUCUCCGAGGUCCAGCAUCAUGAUGGCAUCACUGGCACAGAGUCCCCGAAGGUCGGGGAUAUGUAUAUGGCACACUUGCAUCAAGGAAUGACCGGAGUGCGGAAGCUUAUGGAAGCCAUUGUUCUAGACCAGUUCUCUUCGGAGAAGAACGGGCACUCGGAAGGCCACGUAAAUAUUACAGUUUACAACCCACUGGCAUGGGACGUCACCACAUAUGUCACAGUGGCUCUGAACUUCUCUGUCAGUGCUGUGCAUGAUGAGUUUGGUCGGCUUGUGCCAGCGCAGAUUGAAAACUCCACUGAGCCCGGCCAUGCUUUUGAUCUAUAUGUGCUUGUUACUCUGCAUGGUGUUAGCUAUAGGAGAUACUCAUUAGAGAUUGACAGUGCACGGUCUGGAAAGAAGGCAGUGGCUGCGGGAAGACCGGUGAAGUUUGACAGACAACCCUCGAGCAGUGCACAAAACGUCAAGCCAAGGUUGAUACCAGUGAUGAACGACUGCUACAUAUUGUGGAUUGACCAGAACACAAACUUGCUCCAUAGUAUAACAGACAGAGAGAGAAAUUCCACAGUCCAAGCUACCCAGGAAUUUCUGGAAUACCAUGCUAAUGGAGAUACUGGUGCCGGGCCCAUAUCUGACAACUACAUGUUCUCUGCGAGUGGAUCUGCUGUUCCGGCUGCCAAGUCUGUAGAACUGGAGAUUGUGAUGGGGAAACUAGUGACAGAAGUCAGGCAGUAUUUUUACAGAGAUGUCACUGAUGAAGGCCACGUCUAUGCAAUGUUCUCCAGACUCUACCAUGCCCCUGAAGGCUAUGACAAGACGCUGCUGUGCCGGCACAUAGAGCAGCAGUAUAGAGUUGGGCCUCUGGAGCUUAAUCGGGAAGCAGUAGUCAGAACACGAACGGAUCUGCAGACCAAUAAGAUUAUAUACACGGACAACAAUGCGUACCAAAUGCAAAUGAGAGUUUUUAAGGCCUAUGACAGCAACAAAGUGGCCAGGAACUACUAUCCAAUGGUUCGUACAUCUUAUAUAGAAGAUGAGCAGAUGCGACUCAUCAUCCUGGCUGAGCGGUCACAUGGGGUCUCCAGUCAGGACAGCGGCGAAAUAGAGAUCAUGCUGCAUAGAAGACUGUGGAAUAACAUGGAAUGGGACCUGAACUACAAUCUUACAUUGAAUGAUACCUCCGUUGUCCGGCCAACCACCUGGCUCAUGAUGGGAUCAAAAGAGGCCACAGGUUCUCUGUACCAGAGAUUUGGGCUUUUCCUGGAGCAUAGACCACUGGUGAUGUUUACUCCGCUAACAGGAAACGGAAAAGCUGAAAAUAAAGUGGGUGAUGUCCCGAUUAUUUUACCCCCCAAUCUUCACCUUCAGAUCCUAAGUAUACCUGGCUGGAGGUAUUCUUCAAACCACACAGAACAUAUGCACAAUCUACACAGAGGUAAAAGACCGGGUGAUGCAGAUUUUCACCGUGUGCUGCUAAGGAUCCAGCACCUGUAUGAGACUGAUGAAGACCCUGUCCUCUCCAAACCAGCCACUGUAAAUAUCAAGUCUCUCCUGAAAGGACUCGGGACUGUGUUGUUAGUGAAUGAGCGUUCUCUUACCGGAACCUGGGACCUGAGCACCAUGGAACGAUGGAAAUGGAAGUCCUCUAGAUCCAAGAGCAAAGAUCAGAGGAAACGUAUGAAGACUAUAGAGGACUUUAUGAUCACAGUGAAACCAAAGGAAAUAAGAACUUUAUUUGUGUAUUUUCAGUCAUAACUGCUUAAAGAUCCUGUAAUAAGAACAGAAUUAUUGACCAUAGACCUGUCCAUCGCCAGCACGACUUACAGAAGGUGCACUUGUCUAGUAUGGCGAGUAUAGGAGUCUCGCGUACUGUAAGGCAGGAAUGUCCGUCUGGCAUUGGGCUGCACACUUUACUUGCCAAAUCCAUUCUAUAAUGACCAUAUUGUUUAAUAUUACUCUGCCCAUAUUUGUACCUGCCUUUCUGUUCUUCUAUAUCAUAGUACGGUAAAAGCUCUGCGUAAGGACAUAUUCAUCGGCUGGCGUUACGUGCCCUUUGGACAUGUAUAUGAUGAGUUGUAUUCUCUUUCAAAACCUGUAAAAUGUAUAUUGUGCUCAUAUGGCGAAUUGCAAAUAUAGUUUUACAAUUGGUUAUAAUGUUUCCUUUUAACGUUUGUGUGGAUAUUGUAAAUACAGGGUUAGGGUAUCAUUGUACGUAUAUUGUACAUAGCACUAAUGGAUGAGUAACAUACAGGAGCCACUGCGAGAUGCCUUUCUCCUCCAUGACUACAAGACAAUGCCCUUAUAGGCAGCAGUCUAUUUAUUCACAAGAAUACGUCGCCAUUCCACAUAAUGCACUAUUGUACUGUCUUUCCUGUUCUCCAUUAGGGAACUAGAGCCACCAUUGGAAGAGUUGAUGUAUUGUGAUUGCUUUUGGAACACCAUUAGGUUAUACAAUAAACACAGUUUUUGCUGCAUCUAGAAGUGACGUUUGUGGCUUCUCCUCAACACUGGCAGUCAAUACGCAGUUCUUAAUCUUCACUAAGAGGAACAUUUACUAAGCAGUGAUAAGAGCAGAGAAGUGAGCCAGUGGAAAGGUGCCCAUGGCAACCAAUCAGCACUGAAGUAACAUCUAUAAUUUGCAUACUAUAAAAUUAUACAGAGCUGCCGAUUGGUUGAUGGGGCAACUUCAAUUCAGUGUUGUAUCAGCAGCAACAUGGCUGUUAUCUAAAGAAAACUCUGGAAACAGUACAACUAAUACCAUCAUCAUCAUUAAUGUAUCUCUGCUGGAAACAAUAUGGCUGCAAGACCCAGGGGUAGAUUUAGUAAGGCUCAUGUUGCUCCAAGUUUGCAAUCUCGGGCGAAUUUGGUCAGUUUUUCAAACACGGAGAUUUACUAAAGGCAACUGCUGGAGUAAAGUCAAGAAUCAUACUUUCAAUCACAAAUGCAAAUACAUGUAGAAAUUAAUACAACAAUGACCAAACUCUGUAUUUUCCAUAAACCUCAAUGAAACACAGGCGUUAAUUUAGCAAAAAAGGCCAAAAUAGAAAUUUCAAUUCUGCCACCUCUUGGCCAGCGUGUAUGACAUGUGAUACUACUUAAAAUCACUGUGCACAUAAUUAUUAUGCCUAUAAUUAGGACCGAGCAGCUAUCAUGGCAGAAUACACCAGUUUGACUUUGGUUCUGUGGGGUUUCUGAGGCUCUACCACCAAGUUGGAUGGACCCAGGAGCAAGAAACUGAACAGGCUCAGCAGGUUCUGCGGAGGCUGUGCAGGCCUUGUUUUAUUUUGAGCACUUCAGCAGUAAGUAUAACAAAUAUCUCUCGGUUGUUGUUUUUUUUGUCUUGUUUUGUCUGUUUGUUUUUUUAGGAAAUAAGCAUGUUUUUUUCCUCAAGAAUACUAGGGUUAACUUGCAUAAAUGAUUAAAGUUCAAUCUGCAUAAUGUUGACUGCUUGAAAACAUAAAAGUGUAUCUUGGCAUGUUUAAACCUUUUAAAAAUUAUUAAAUAAAUCUGUUGUGUUAAGAAA